AUGGCUACUAACUCUGAAAAUGAUUUACGCGAGACUAAAGAUGAUUAUUAUGAAAAUGACAGCAUCACAGAUUUUAUUGAUGAAAUUUAUGAAGAAGCAGGAGUUGCUAUAGAUCCAUUUGAAGAAGGAUAUUCAGAAGAUGAUCCUUUUGCAGAAGAAGAAGCAGAAGCAGAUGAAAAAGAAAGACUUACAGAUGAAUUUUAUGAAUUUAGAAAACUGCAAAUAACCAAAGGAGCACUUGCUGAAGGACAAAUGGAUGUUGCUUAUUCACGUGUCCUAUUCCUGGGUACUGCUGGUGUGGGGAAGACAUCUUUUAAACGAUCCCUUAUGAAACUACCAUGGAAACCUAACACUACCAGUACUAUCAUAUCAAAUAUUAGCAAAGUCCGUCCAUUUACACACAAGUGGCACACUGUUAAAGAUGAAAAAUGGAAAGUUGCAACACAUGAAGAUGAAAUAGAAGAAUUGGCUCAUUUAAUUUUAGCUGUUUUUAAGAAUGAAAAUACGCCCAUUUCAACAUAUUUUUCAGAUUUUAAGAAGAAAACUGUCCAAUCAAUACCAAAUGGAAUUGAAGAUGAAAUUAUUUCUCAGGCUUGGUCUCGUGCAAACUCCCUUAAGCCAUCAUUUUCAUUGGAGCAACCAUUACUUGCUCAGCCUUUUCUUCAUUUUUGGGAUUGCGGUGGUCAACAACCUUUUCUUGAAAUUUUGCCAGUUUUUCUCACCUCUCGUACAUUGUUUUUUAUUAUUUUUGAUGCUGAGAAAGAUUUACAAUCCAACUGGAAAUCUGUACUUCAUAUUGAUGGUACGAGGGUUGACCAGGAAGAGGGUACAAUGACAACACUUGACUACAUGCUGAAUUGGAUGGCUAAUAUUCAUGGCCACCUAAUGAUUUAUGAUAAAGAUGGUGGUGUUUGUGAAUACCCACGAAUGUAUUGUAUUGGCACUCAUGGAGAUUGUAUAACAGAAAAAAGGAAAUUGGAAAUUAAGCAUGAGCUGGAACAUCAUUAUGAAGGCAAAGAUUAUGAAACUUUAAUGAAAGCUACAGCGAUUGUUGAUAACACCACUUCUGGACAAGGUGAAGCUGAAGAUUCUUCUUUUGGAGAGCUACGGGAAGCUGUCAUUAAAUUUACAACUGAAAAGCUUAUUGUAAAGACACCUGUCAGCUGGGUUCUCUUUCGGAAAGUACUUCAGGUUCUCAGUAAAAAUAUUAAUGUCAUUAAUCUUACAAGAGCUUAUAAAAUUGGAGUUGCUAGCAAAAUUCCUCAAAGAGAUGUGCCUCAUGUUCUCACCUUUUAUCAUGAACUGGGUGUUUUGUUGUUUUACCCUCAACUCAUGGGCAUGAAGGAUAGUAUUGUAAUCAAUCCAAAGUAUUUUGUUGGUGCAUUAGGAGAAAUUUUUCCAUUGACCAAAAAUAAUGACAGCGGUUAUCAAAAAGAAUGGAAGCUUUUUCACGAGUUUGGCAUUCUUGUCCAACCACUUUAUGUAGAAGUAUGGAAAAGGCACAAAGAUUUAAAACCAGUAUUUUUCAUUGAAGUACUUGUAUAUUUUCGUCUUGCAGUUGAAGUUAAAACAGAUAAAUACCCUCCUUCUUCCAAACAGUAUUUUAUGCCACUUGUUCUUCAAUCAAAAUCAAGUGAUGAAAUUAAGUUGUUGGCAACUUCAUGUUCUUAUUCUGUAGCACCAAUUCACAUUACAUUUAGUAGUGGGUAUGUACCACCUGGUUUCUUUACUCGUUUUAUCGCUGUAGUUACAGAUGACCCAAACACCGAACUCUGUCUUGAGGAUGGAGUCUAUAGAAAUUGCGUCAGUUUUCGUUAUCAACAUCUUUACAGUAAAAGUAUUGAACAUAUAUUAGUCACUGAUCGCCAUAAUGUCAUUCAGAUUAAUGUUAGUCAUCAUCCUGCUUCAUCAGAUUCCUUAUCUGUCCAUGAAAUUUGCCAAAAUAUUUUAAGUCUUUUACAAAGUGCCACACAAGAAGUUGCAGAUAUUUUAGAAAAAUGUGGCGGGUGUCCAACCAGUAGUGAAUGUAUGAAAUAUGUUGUGACACAAAAGUUCCAAUAUAUCUGCACUAACUGUUCUUCGUCUUCUUCACUUCAUUAUCUAAAAACUGCACCAACCAAGCAAACCACUGAUGUGCAUGUGUGUUGUUCAAAUGACCGUAAAUAUAGACCACUAACUGAUGAGGAACGAGUUUGGUUUGAAGAUCCCAUUGAUCAUAAAAAAUCUGAUCAAGCAAAUUUAAGCACAGAGCACUACAGUGGUAACAAUGAAACAACACGUUAUAUUUGUGCUAGUAAAGCUAGCAAUACUCAUCUUGCUGUUGCCUUUUCAGAGGAUAUAGGUUCAAUCAUGGAAGAAUCAUCAAGUCCUAAUCUUUGUAUUGAAGAUCUUGAUGAUGUCAUUGAAGAGUUAUCCAACUUUGACGUAAUUAACUGGCAACACCUGGGUCUUCACCUGGGCUUGUAUGAUCCUACUCUUAAAGCCAUUGAAGAAAAUUGCAGGGGAAAAGUUAGAAAAUGUUUAAUGGAGUGCAUGGCUGCUUGGUUGAGGGGGGAAGAUAAAGUUAUUAAAAAAGGAGGGUCAAACUGGUUAUCAUUAGUGGCCGCACUCAAUAAAUCAGGAGAACAACACAUUGCCAAUGACAUUAAAAAGAAGUUUUGUAAAUUUAGUUAA